CUAUCAUGUUUUACAUUCUUCUUCUUCUUCUCUCUCUCUCUCUCUACAACCAAUUUGGCAAACUCUCUUGUCCUUUACCUGCCCUAGAUAUUUUCUUAUUCCCACUUCUCUCUCUACAUAUCAACUUUAAAAGCUUGCAAAAUUCCUUAAAAAAAAAAAAAACUCUUCUUGGCCAAAGCGUAUAGAACAAACACACUGAAACUUAUCCCCAAAAAUGACAACGUUGGCGAAGCUGAACCUUCGACCGCUAGACAGCCACCUCCAGACCGGGCAACCGCCGCCGCGGCUACUCUUCCGGCAUCGGUUCCUAUUCGACCCGGUUCGUGCGAAGGGCCGCGGAAGAUUCUGCAUACAAUCAUUCAGGUCGAAAGAGGGAAGUGGUGGGAUGGAAGAGAAGAACAAAAAGAUUGAAGAAAAUCGAGGUGAAUUGAUGACGAGCAAUGGUUAUGGAUCUAGAAAAAGUCUGAACAAAUUAGUGGCCGCUGUUAGAAAUUCAGUUUGGAGAGUCUCCAAACCCAGCUUGCGCUCCCAAUUGAACUCCAUUGAAGCUAUGGAGAAACUCGAAGAUACUUUAUUUUCUAUUUCUAUGCACAUUGGAAGAUAUAUAGUGACAAUGUUGAGCACUGGAGUUAUACUUUUAAUUGGGUUUAAGUUGUCAGUAUAUAUAUAUAUAUAUAGCUACGGGUCUACGAAAUGCGGUCUUAGGCAGCUUCACUCGUCGCUACUUAAGGAGUCGAAAAGAUCAAAAGUCGGAGUCCACACAGCGUCACCAGGCAUGGUCCUCACGGAGUUGCUGUUGAGCGGUGCGAGUGUUAAAAACAAGCAGAUGUUCAAUAUCAUAUGUGAGCUCCCGGAGACAGUUGCUAGAACAUUGGUCCCGAGAAUGAGGGUUGUGAAGGGAAGUGGGAAGUCGAUUAACUAUUUAACUCCACCGAGAAUUUUACUUGCUCUAGUCACUGCUUGGGUCAGACGGGCUCGCUGGUUCGAUGAUCAGGGAAGAGCGUUGUAUGCUGCUGAGGCAGAUAGACUACGUAACUGGGCUGAAAGUAGAACCCGUUUCUCGUUCACCGAUGCAAUGGAGAUGUACACGGAAAACACUUGGGUUUCCGUCUUUUCACUCUCGGUUGUUUGUGCAUUCAUCAUCCUCUCGAGUACAACUACCUUUACCUUACCACCUGGAAACCUAAAUUGAAAUUAACAUCCAUCGGUCUCAAACUUGUAUGUAUAUGCACGUACGAAGUUGCAUGUAUAAAAGUUGUAUCUUUAGUGUAUAUAUACGGGAGGGAACUUCUCGUCGCCACCCCCUUCUUCCCUCUAAACUCCGACACGCGUGGCAUGUUUAUAUUAUCCACCAAGAAGAAUGAAGAAGAAGAAAUAGAACGAGUAGUAGCAGUAGCAGCACCGAUUCAUUUUAUGCUCGAUCAAUUUUAUUGCGAUUGUACGACUUUAUCUACUAAGGAAGUUGGUUUGUUCAAAUUUUAACUCUAUGCAUGUAUAUGUGGAUUUUUACUUUUUAUCUAGAUAAGUAACAUAUUUUAUUUAUUUGUUU